AUGGAUGGACCACUGACCAUCCCCUUUACUACUCCAGUGAUGUUGACACUUUGUUUUCCUUUCUGUCUGUUUCAGGUCGCCAAUCAAGUGGUGCAGGCGCUUCUCACCCAGAAGGACCUGAGGGAGGAGUGCCUGAAGCUGCGGACUCGAGUCUUUGACCUGGAGCAGCAGAACCGGGCGCUGGGAGUUCUCUUCCAGCAGCGGAUCAAGCCCGCCUCGGACCUGCUCCUCCAGAAACUUCACUCUCGCAUCAUGGAUCUAUCGGCGGCAGAUUUGCUUUUGGAGCCGGAGAGAAGCAAGGCGUUCUUACUUUCCCGGAAUACCGACUCCCCCUCCAGUGAUGUUCAGUUGAAUGGAAAGUCAGGUCUCCCUGUGGCCAAGUGCCUGAGCCAGCUGAGUCUGACGGCACCCGCGUACCCGCGCAGCAGCUGCAGCAGUAGUGAGCUGUCCCUGUCGAGCGCGUGCAGUGAAUUCUCCAGCGGCUCCUACACCUGGAAUGACGGACGCUCCUGUGGGAGGAUGUCAUCGCUGACCUGGGAGAAGAGGCUGAGUUUGGGUUCGUCGGCUCCGAGUAACAUCAGUGCCCCCGCGGAGGAGCAGCCGCCCACAAGGCGCAAGGAGAGCAACAUACUAGAGGGACUGAGAAAGCUCCAGAGGAGGAAACACAGGAGCUCCUCUGCUUCUUCGUCCAAGGUUUCCAAGUCGACCGACAAAGACUGCAUGAACUCAAACGAGGGCAUCUACUCCCUGGGUGUAAAGAGCGGCACCAAAGGGGUGUCCAAGCCUACCCAUGUGGUUGGAGCUUUAGCCAUUGGGGGCAAGACGUUCGCCUACGACUCUGACGAUGCCGACGAUGAAUUGGCUCAUUCCAGUCGAGUGGACGACGUCCCCACGAAGGACGGCUGGUUCUACUGUAAGAGGCUCUCCCGCAGCAUCUCAGACAGUUUGUGUAGCUGGGAGGGGCUGCAGGACAGCGGAGGUGACUGCAGCUCAGUGCCGGGGGCUUUAAAACACCUCCCUGGCUGUGACUCCAAAGAGCGUCCCGAGAAACUCCUGAGUUUCAUCAACAGUUUUCUCCCCGAGGGAGGGAGGAAAUCGGCUUUUACGAAACCAUCCCUGCUGCACUUCAACCCUUCUGACCCGGUGGGUCCAAAUCCUCUCUCUGACAUGGAUGAUUCGGAGGAGCUCAACUCUGAGUCCAGUGACAUCCGAAUGUCCCUCAGCCAGCCGCCGGAGCGAGCGGAGAGGGAAUCCAAGAGGCCGUCACGGGACGCCGCCAAGCUCCUCGCACAGCAGUGGUUGCGCAAAGAGCAGGGACGCACCCAGUCUGCAGAUGGGAGGCCCAGGCCCUUCAGUCUGAUCACGGACCCCAACGGGGAAAAGUUCGCUCAGUCGGAGGAGAGCGUUUUGGCAAUAUUUGAUGCGGAAGGGGAGCCUAUUGAACUUUGUGCUCAGAAGCUCACAGCAGGUGCUGGGCCACGGAGUGACACUCAAAGUGGCAAAGUAAUUGCCAAUUACGCAGAACUAUUGCCCCGGGAGAGGCCAACAAGGCAAAAAUCAGCAAAUGCACGAAACUACACUGUUCUUGAGUCUCCAGAGAAGCCAUCGGAUUACCUCAUCAACAGCGAGGGCAGUGCAGAAAGGCUGUCAAUGCAGCUGACUCCACAGAGGAAACUAAUCAAACCCCCAAGCAACCGACCCAAUAAAGGCCAUUCCAUUCCUCCCGUAAACGACUCGGUUGCCCAGACGUCAGUUUCUUCGAAGAUUCCCGGUCGAAACAAACCUGUAGGAUCGCCACUGAGAAUAUCUAAGGGCUGUUCCACUGAACCAAGUAACAGCGGAAACUCCAGAGCCACCGGCCAGGAGAAACCCUCCUCCUCUAACGCAGUUAAAAUGCCCAGGUUCAUCAAAACACCAGGCAUCUGCUCCCAGAGCCCAAAGGCAGUGAGCUCCAAGCUCCCCAGCAGGGCCGAAAGGAGGAAGGGCUCCUCCUCCAGUUCCCCGCGCCUCUCGAGGCGGCACCUGGAGUACGAUGACAAUGGCGAACAGCCGACCAGAGACAAACACUGUGAAACCAGCAAAAAUAAACUCAGGUCCCCUUCUCCGCCCCCUCCCCCGGGCCGCACCACCUCCUUACUCAUCAGACCAAAUUACGAAGGGUCGCCUCAAGCACAUAAAACAUGGGUGGCUCAAACCUCCGCACCGACCACUGUGAGGGGCCCUCCUCCAAGUUACCACACCUCACUUGUACCAAAUAUGCAAAGCACGCUACCCAUCAAGGAUAAAGACUGUUUAGACUUGGAUGCAGGCUACGGGACCGCACUCGCACCUCAGAAACUGGUUGAGAAAAGCAUUCAGCACCUUCAAAAGCUCCCCGCCACGACGCAGACGACUAGCAAAGGCACUUCCAAGAGGAUGACCGCGAAAGACUACCUCCCCUCUGCAAACUCAGGGUGUGCUCCAGAAACUGACAAUGCACCUAAAAGCUCAAAGAAUGUCCCCCCUCCAUACAGUGCCCUCAGAGGGUCCUCGCUUCAAAACUCAUUUGCAAGUAAAAGAGGGUCAACCCAUGAUAAUGUCCACGAGACCUCCAUUAGUUUACCUAUAGCUCUUCAGGACCCCACUCAAGGUAGAGUGGAACCGCCACGGGGGAAAGCAGUAGUCAGUCCACCCAGCUCUGUCGUGAUCUCGCCCAACAGCGCAGAAAAAGCCUCAAGAACUCGCAUCCCAAUGGGAUUCAAAGCAUUUUUAAAAUCUCCUCCCAGCCAUGAAAAUAGUCCCGCCAUACCAGGAAAGCAAGAGAAAGAUCAUAUCAACUCAGUCUCCAAGGAGACUGUGACUUUAAAUGCUUCUACCCAGUAUGACAGUGUGCAGUCCGUGUACAGCAUUGAUUCAUCAUACAAGGCGUCUGUGCCAGAGGGGAAAGGUGAUGUCCAGUGUAGGUUAGCGGAUGAUAAAGGGCAUGCUUCUGAGUUGCCAGAGGAGGAGAAUUGUGGGAAAAGGAGUAGUCAGCUUUUCUCCAGAUCCAUAUCUGUUACUACCAAACCCCAUCUUAAGCCAGCCUUGGGGAUGAAUGGGGCCAAAGCCAGGAGCCAGAGUUUCAGUUCCAACUACAUUGAGAAACCUAACAUCAAUGCUCUGGACGGACCCGGAAAAAUCCGCACUCAGAUCAUCACCAACACGGGUGAAAGGGGAAACUCUUUGUCGAGGCAGACUUCAUUGGAGGUACCGAGCGUCGGGGAGAGCCCUGUACAUCCCCCCAGGACGAGGCUUAGCCACUACGGAGGCAUGACCGGCUCCAACAGCCAGAACGUCCUCCCUGAGAGAACUUCUAAAUCGGGCUCCAAAGGUGACGGGUCGCAGGGGGAGACCGUCGCCCCACCAUCUCAAAAAGCGUCGCGCAGCCUACCCAUCAGUGACAGGCUUGGCUUGAGCAAUGUCCGUAAGACAACAAAAGUGGCGUCUCAUCCACAAUUUAAUGCUCCCUCCUCUUGUGUCAAUCGCUCAGAAAAUCCAGCGCGAGAGACGGAAUGCUCGCCAACAGCCGCCAACGAGGCCGAUUUUAGCGGGCAAGUCAAAUCCCAAGCAGACUCUGUGGAUACGGAGGAGAAGAAAAUCAGCCCAACGGUCUGCACUAUCGAAGAAAAAGUCAUGAUGGGAAUUGAAGAGAAUUUGCAGAAAUGUCAAGAACAGGAGAAAGUAGCUGCCAGCGAGACCAAGCAGAAAACAGGCCCAUCUCUGGCAAACUGGUUCGGCCUCCGCAAGAGCAAACUCCCAGCUCUGAAUGGUAAGAAAGUAGACCCUCCGAAGGGGAAAGAGGAGAGGAAAGAAUCAAAGAUUGGAUCCGUGCUGGCGGGCAAACAGAUGAAGUCUGACAAGAGGAAGGAUAAGAAGAAAACUGAUAACCAGCAGAGGGACAGUCUGGAGGGGCAGAGUCUGUCUGAGAUGAACAAUAAACUGAGCACCAUCAUGGAUCACUGCAACAAUCAGAUGGGUCAGAUUGCCAGCCAGAUCCAGUGUACGACGGCCUUCAUCGGCAAAGACCAGUUUGUGAAAGAGCUUCUUGGCAGGACUGCUGUGAAGGGCAGCUGUGUGUCUGCGUUGCCGCCCGCGAUCUCCACACCCAGGAAACGCGCCGAAGGGAGGGGAGAUCUGGCGAUCUGUGCGGACACUGCUACCCUGUUAAUGACUCAGAAGAUCACCCUGAGGGCUGAAAAUGAUGAGCAACACAUCCCAGACUCCGCUUGCCCAGACCACAUGAUAGGCUCCGGCUGUCAGACCAGGACCCUGGACAGCGGCAUCGGCACCUUCCCUCUCCCCGAUUCCGUCAGCAGGGCCGGCGGUCGCCACGUCCCCAAAUCUGAGCCCAGCCCCGACGCGGCGCCCGCCGGCUCCUCCGACCCAGACCGGGGGCCUGCCCCGCCUCCCCCGGAGCCCGACGUGAAAGUGCCUUCCCGCCCCAAAACCCACCCGCAUGCCCCUUCCAGCAUGGUUCACUCCCUGUCCGAUCAGAGCGUGGCCCACGACGACAGCGCACCGGACGCCCAGAGCCGCCUGCCCAGAUUAGCUUCUUCGGAUUCAAUCCAAACAAAGAGGUUGAGUCUCUGCUCUCCACGCAGCGGCAUCUCCAUGGAGGACAAAGAGACGGACGCAGAGAGGAAGAUGAAAGCCCGCGAUCAUCAAAUGCCCAGUGAAAGAGACCUGCAAGUGGUCACAUACUCGGGGAGCAGCAGCGACACAGAGACUGAACCUGAAGGACCUGGACGCUCUCCACCCAGGACCCCGAUCGACAGGCCCAAGAAGCGUGACUCAGUGGACCAGAACGAGGAGACCCUGACGAGAAGCGGCGCGGGGAAACCCUUGUCCAUCAUGGACUACUACCAGCACGAGAUGUACUCCCCUCUGGAGAAGGCCAGCCGGCGGCUCUCCCAGUACAAGGAGUGCUGCCCCCCGGACGGGAGAGCAGGGGACAGACUGAGUAAGGAGGUUGCCAUGGAGAACGCGCCCGUCAGCGCCCAGGCGAGCUCUCUGCGCUUCUCCCUGGAGUCCCUGAACGAGCGGAAUCACGCCGGCCCGUACCCGGACGGCGCGCCGGGUACGGGCCGCAGAGGAGACGCCGUGGGCCCGGCGGACGGGGCUCCCCCCGCCUCCUCCUCGUCCUCCAGCUACUCGGGCAAGCCGGCGGUCGAUCCCGUGGGCUCCCUCAGCGACUCGCUGUACGACAGCUUCUCCUCCUGCACCAGCCAGGGCUCCACCGAGGCAUAGGGGGGGGUGUUGGACACGCCGAGGUCUCGGGCCGCUGGCUCGUCUCCCGAGUGGAUGAUUCUCAUCUCAUGCGAACCUUCAGGGAUUCCUAUUUUGAGCAUCGUGGUCAGAAUGACUUUCGUCCGCAGAGCGCCUUGCUCUCCACCACAGCACUUACACCCCUGGACUUGUAAUAGUCUCACUCAGGGUGUGCUGAACUUCUCAAAGGUUGUAAGGAGUGUGCGGCGAAGGCUCCUCGAGGCCGUGGCCGGUGGGCGACUCGGCUGAUUGCCGUUGAUUGCAUUCCUGUUUGAGAGUAGCUUGAAACCCUCUGGGUCAAUUUUAUGUUUUGCUGCUAAGCACAUUGCCCAAAUGUUGCCAAUGUUAAAUGGCCACCCAUAAUAAUCCAUCAUGGUCUACUUUUAUUUUUUGAAGGCACAUUUUUUCACAAAUCCCAACAUGGUUCAAAUAUAGUUUCAUCCCUUUAAAAAGGUAAAAGCUUGUUAUCUGUGUGUUAUUUUAGCAAACUAUGCAGCCGCAAACAAGAAAACCAACAUUUUUAAAUGACUUAAACAAUCACUGUUCAUCUAAGAAUAUGGAUUCCUUUGCAGCAGGGAUUGUGAUGACAGCUGAAGAAAUGCUUCCACGUGGUACGUUAGUAAGAAGAGGACCUUCCCCCGUGUGACUGGUACCCGGCGUUGUUGGUAGCUCAGGGAACAUGUUGGACUAGAUUGUAAAAAUGUGGACAAAACACAAAAUACACUCAUUAACUUUCCGCUUCUUUGGGUUUCUGUCUCCAAACAUCCGUUUUCCUUUUUUUUCCCUUUCAUAGUUGUAUAUUAUGUUGUGAAUAAAUAUAUAUAAAGAUAAUAUCAGAAGGGGCAUUGCUGAUUGACGUAUGCAAAUGAGGAGAAAAUACCAACAACAAUAACAUGUACAUUGUUUGCCAAUCAUUAAUUUAUAUACAUUGUUUGAAAUAGCAUGUAUCUUUUCCUUAUAGAAUUCUUUCGGGUUUUUUGUUUGAAAUCCUUAUUUUGAUCAUUAAGAGCUAUUACUAAGAUAUUGUAUCACUUUAAGACAUAUUUGAACCUUUUUGUUGAAGUAAUGCCAAAUUUCUACUGGAAUUUGACCAGCUGGUGCUAAUCAACAGUGUGCGUUUCAAUUUUUCUAUGAAGUUGUUAAUAUUGUAUGAAGAGGAGUUGUGUAUUUUUCUAGGUGUCCAGUAUUUAUACCCACAUUUUGUACUGUCAGACUGUAGUGUGAUUGUCAUGCUUCACCUCUCUCCUUAAAUGUUCCUGGUUCCUUUGUAAAGAGAAAUGGUUACCAGCAGUGUUACUUUGGUAAUUAUAAUUUGUGUCAUUAUUAUUACUGUGUGCAAUUUUGUCUGUUACGCCAGACAUUAAUGCUGUAUUUUAUGUAACUAUUUCCUAAAUAAAUAAGAUGAAUUUCCUAUUUCAA